AGGCUUGGGCUGGAGCAGAUUCGAUCGGGGCUGCACCGCCAUCGUGUGCCACCGUGUGCCAUGGCGACCACUUCCUUUGGUGGUUCCUUGGGCAUGCUUUGCUCCCUGUUCGCGGUGUGCCCACGGAGAAGGAGGACUCACGCACAACAGGUGUCCUUUUCGCGCGAUGCAGCGACGACCUGUGACUACCUGUGCAGCGAGCGCCAAAGACGUGGCUUGCGACUCGUGAUCAUCAGUGACACCCACAACUGUCACAGAGACUUGACCGUGCCUGAUGGAGACAUCUUGAUCCACGCUGGGGACUUCACUCAGUUUGGAAAGGAGGAGCAUGCUGAGGACUUCAACCGCUGGCUGGGGGAGCAGCCACACAAGACCAAGCUGGUGGUGCUAGGAAACCACGAAACCAAUGCGACUUGGAACUCUCGGGCCAGAGAGGUGUUGUCCAACGCCACACUCUUGCGGCAAUCCGGCUUCAAGUUGACACAUUGUGACCGGCCUCCGGUGUCUUUCUUUGGGACGGAUUUCUUUUGGCCUUGCCACACUGGAAAUCCGUAUUUCGACCAGAUCCCAGGCGAGACCGAUGUGUUGAUUGCCCAUAACCCUGCCAAAGGCUGUGCUGAUGGAGGUAAAGGCUGUCCUGCCUUGCUGGAUGCCGUGGUGAAGCUUCAGCCUGAACUGGUCACUGGGUAGUGCCCUUUCAAUCCCUUUCAUUCCUUUCCCCUCCUUUGCGUACAGGCGUGUUCAUCAACCCAAGCUAAGCAGACUGAACGUUUCAGUCAUCUCAGGGCACGUCCACUUCGCUCGGGGCGCGGUGAAGAUGCAAUCCACCCUCCUGGUGAAUGGCGCGAACUGCGGGAGUGGGAAAGAGGAACGACUCUUGGCCAAUGGACCUUUGGUCAUUGACCUCUGAGCAGAUGUGAAGAUUGGAAUUUGGAUUUGGCAUGAUUUGGCCAUCUUUGGCUGACGUCAGCGGCUGAUGCAGCCUCGCAUCCUGUGAGGAAGGCCUGCUGCCGCCGCCGCUCAGGAUUUCUACAGUGUUUGCUCCAGAGCAGACCACUUGCCUUGGAUUGAAUCAACAUAGCAAAUUUGCUUUAGCUCAGCCGCCCCAGGCAUUUGAUGCGUCAUGAUGCGUCAUGAUGCGUCACUGCCGUGAAGAGGGCUGCAGAGCACCGCCCAAACUUCUGUUCUUUGCAUGUACAGAACUGCGGAGACAGACCUCAUCCUCACAUCCCGUGCGCAGAGCGGACACUGGAAAACGACUGUCCCGUUCUCCAGACGUUGCCGAACUGUUGCUCAGGAGGAGCGAUGGCUGGGGGUACCCAUAUUCCCCAUGAUGCAGAGAGCCAAGGCAGCCAAGGAGCUACAGGGAGUUCCC